ACCUGACGACUCAGUUUCAGCACCCUCGGUUUCUCCGGAGAAAAGCAGAGCCUCCGUAACAACAAGGGGCAGCAAACUACGGCAGCCCAGUAUAGUGCGCGCUUCAAGUCGAGAAUCGAAUCGUACGCGGGAGUCUAGUCUACGAGGUGGCAGCGUGCGGGAGGCAAGUCUUCGAGAUAGCGCUAAUAUUAAGGCUCAAUGAAUGCUCAAUUGAAUUGAUUUCUACAAGUGGUCAUUUCUUGCUGUUUCCCUUUUAGGAUUCCGAAGAAAUGGGGGGAAGAAGUGAAUCGCUUUGAGCUCUAAUAAUAUAUCUGCACCGGUGCUGGACGGCAGUCGGGAACAAGGUAG